UGACGUUCUCUAUUGCAGGACCCGAGCAGUGGCGGCGAGCUUAUCGUCUAGACCAUCGAUUUCUUGGGCACCCAAUUACAUUCCCCUGCCGUGCGACUCGCCAGGCCUGCAUCUAAUCUGCCUUCCAUUGUGCAAACCAUCGAAAUACCCCAUUUCUACCUACGUCAACACCCAAGGAUCGCAUUGGAAUUAAUGAUUGACGACCUUCACAAUCCAACCUUCAUCUAACAGGAGGUGUCGCGAGUUUCAUCAUGUCUUCGCAAAUGCCAAAGACGCUUGCUCGAACAGCAGCCAGGACCGCACCAUCAACAUGCAAAGCUCGAUCAUCGUCAAGUAGAGCGAACUUCCUAACACACCAACAGACCGGCUACUCUCGCCUUGCCGCGGUCUCAUAUCACGGUCGAGCACAUCGCAAGCAACGCCAACUUGUCCGCUCCAUAUAUGCGAUAGCCAUUGCCGGCGGUUUGGCUACAGCAUCGCAGCUCUACAUAAACAAUGGCGGAAUCUUGCGAUCUGCGCAUGCCGAGGCACCGGAAGCAGAGGAGGACAACCCGCUCAUCUUCGAAGCGUCACGGAAAAAGCCAAAUGUGAGCAAAGAGGAGAAUCGCGAUCUGAUUUCGAGUCAGCAUCAUCAGGUCAAGCGAUCUUGGGAAAACCCAGGCGUAUACGCUUGGGGAAGUAACGUCGGUCGCGUGGUCGCACCAGACAGCACAGAAUCGGUUAUCAAAACACCACGCAGAAUAGCUUUCUUCGAUGGAAAAUUGCUACGAGACCUGAAGCUCGAUCGCAACUUUGGUGCUGCCAUCGAUGAAAAUGGAGAUCUACUACAGUGGGGCAUCCAAUAUGCCCCUGGCAUCGAAAACCCGGUCAAGACUCUGCAAGGCAAAGAUCUGAUGUCAUUGACGAUUUCCAAGGAUCGCAUCAUUGGUCUAUCGAAGGGUGGGAAAGUGUACACCGUGCCUGUUUCCGCCGACGAUCAAGCGAGCGGGAUUAAAGUCUCAGAAGCAAGCUGGAUUCCGUUCUGGAACGGGCGCAGUCGGAUAUCCUACCGUCAGUUGACUCCAAAGAAUCUCGGAUUUUCCGAAAAAGUUACUUCUGUCGCUAGUGGACUUGAACAUGCAGUUAUGGUAACAAACUCCGGACGUGUCUUCUCGUUUGCCUCUGCUACGGACAGUUUCCCGUCGCGCGGGCAGCUUGGAGUUCCUGGUUUAACCUGGUCAACUCGUCCUGCGGGCAAUUUUGAUCAGCCACAUGAGAUCACCACUCUGCGCGGAUUCAAUGUUACGAGCGUCGCUUGCGGUGAUCACCACUCGCUCGCAUUGGACAAAGAUGGCCGCGUGUUUGCUUGGGGAGACAAUGCUAGCGGUCAACUAGGUUUCGAAUAUACGACCGAAGCCAGCAUUGUUGAUGUUCCAUCCCUCGUUGCUACCCAGAAGCUGUACUCAGGUACCUCUCAAAUCCCGAAAAUCACCAGUAUCGCUGCUGGCGGGAACAACAGCUACUUCACCGUCGACGCUGUCAAGGUCGCUUCGCAGUCAUCAGAUCCCGCUGCCAACCGGUCCAUCGGCCGCAUUACCGCCGACACUUUCGCCUUCGGCUCCGGCAUUCAGGGCAACCUUGCCAACAACCGCUGGACGCACAUUCAAUCCACCCCAGCCCGUAUUCCGACAUUAUCCGGGCUUUUCGAAUAUGACGAGCCUACCUCUACAACCGUCCCGAUCCGUCUUGCACAUCUCAGCGUCGGAAGCACACACGCGAGUGCCGUCAUGAAGAACAUCACAUAUCUCUCGGCGUCUGACAAGACAAGUACCGACGACACCAACUGGGGCGCAGACAUAGUGUUCUGGGGCGGCAAUGAGCAUUAUCAGCUUGGUACCGGCAAGCGGAACAAUGUUUCGCAGCCAGUGUACAUCCAGCCUUUAGAUAUGCAGGCAGAGGUCAAGCGCGCGAAGAAGAGCAGUGGUGGAAGGGAAGAGCAUCGAUUCCACAUCACGCCUCGACAAACAGCCCGUCUGGGCAAAGAUGGAAAGGGCCGCAAAGUUAGUGUUGAACAAAAGGUGGAAUGUGGACGUUACUGUACCGCCGUGUACUCUAGUACUUGAGAGAUUGAGUAGACAGAUUGGGUAGAAAGUGUAUGAUCAUGUAACCAACCAUCAUGAAAUGGUACAUGGAUGAGAGACGGUCGAGAAUCCACCAAUUCGUCAGUCAGACUCGUGAUCA